AAGGCAGCAGGAGCAGAGAGCAGCCAUUGCUGUGUCUGGCAGCAGGGUUACACAGUAGUGAAGAAGACAUCCGGUGAGUGUGAGACACCGAGCAGCCAUCCCCGUGUGUCAGGAGGACUGCGCAGGACCCAGAGUCCCAUCACGGUGCCUCCACCUCACUCACUGACACAUGAGACACAUUGACCAGAAGAUCCUGGAACUCCCUAAAAAGAUCAUUCAGCUGCUGACUGGAGAGGAGGGGGAGUAUAUAGAGGAACACGGGUCUGUACAAGGACGUGAUGAUGGAGAAUCACCGGCCCCUCACAUCACUGGAUGGGCCCAGUAACAGAGAUACCCCAGAGAGAUGUCCCCGUCCUCUGUAUUCCCAGGAUUGUACAGAGGAGAAUCACAGGACCCCACAGGAGGAUCAGGUAGAACGUCUGUCUGAUAUUAAAACAGAAGAUAUAGAGGGAGAAGAAGAGACGUAUGUGACUGAUAUAAAGGUAGAAGAUAUAGAGGGAGAAGAAGAGACGUAUGUGACUGAUAUGAAGACAGAAGAUAUAGAGGGAGAAGAAGAGACGUAUGUGACUGAUAUAAAGGCAGAAGAUAUAGAGGGAGAAGAAGAGACGUAUGUGACUGAUAUAAAGGCAGAAGAUAUAGAGGGAGAAGAAGAGAUGUAUGUGACUGCUAUAAAGGCAGAAGAUACAGAGGUAGAAGAAGAGACGUAUGUGACUGAUAUAAAGGCAGAAGAUAUAGAGGGAGAAGAAGAGACGUAUGUGAAUUAUAUAAAGGCAGAAGAUACAGAGGUAGAAGAAGAGACGUAUGUGAAUGAUAUAAAGGCAGAAGAUAUAGAGGGAGAAGAAGAGACGUAUGUGACUGAUAUAAAGGCAGAAGAUAUAGAGGGAGAAGAAGAGACGUAUGUGACUGAUAUAAAGGCAGAAGAUAUAGAGGGAGAAGAAGAGACGUAUGUGACUGAUAUGAAGGCAGAAGAUAUAGAGGGAGAAGAAGAGACGUAUGUGAGGGAUGAUCAGCAGUGUAAGGAGGAGGAGAUCCCUACAGAUAUCAGCACAGCAGAUGGACACACAAGCAGGAAUAUCCCAGAAGGACAUCUAAUGUUAUCCCCGGAUUGUGAAAUAAAAGAUUAUGACAGUAGACAGGAUUCUCCAGGAGAUAACCCCAUUACCUCAAUUAUACAUCCAGCUCUAUCAGCUGGUCCCUCUGAUCCUGGGAAAUGUUCUCCUGAUCACUCUGAUAUUGGUGCAUCUGUUACAGCUCUGACAGUAAAUACAGAGUUUCCCUGUUCUAUAGAUACCACAUGUUUUACACAGAACACAAAGCUUAUUACCCAUCAGGCAGCUAAGGCAGGUGAGAGGCCACUGAUAUGUUCUGACUGUGGGAAAUGUUUUACCUGCAAAUCACAACUUGUUUCACAUCAGUGCAGACACAAAGGUCAGAAGCCAUUUCCAUGUUCUGAGUGUGGGAAAUGUUUUACAGAGAAAUCACAUCUUGUUACACAUCAGAGACGUCACACAGGUGAGAACCUAUUACCAUGUUCUGAGUGUGGGAAAUGUUUUACACUGAAAUCACAUCUUGUUACACAUCAGCGAAAUCACACUGGUGAAAAGCCAUUUCCAUGUUCUGAGUGCGGGAAAUGUUUCACCCGGAAAUCACAACUUGUUAAACAUCAGCGAAGUCACACAGGUGAGACUCCAUUUCCAUGUUCUGAGUGUGGGAAAUGUUUUACAUACAAAUCACUUCUUGUAAUACAUAAGAGAAUACAUACAGGUGAGAAACCAUAUUCCUGUUCUGAGUGUGGGAAAUGUUUUACAUACAAAUCAACUCUUGAUGCACAUAAGAGAAGUCACACAGGUACAUCACCAUUUCCAUGUUCUGAGUGUGGGAAAUAUUUUGCACAGAAAUCACAACUUGCUAGACAUCAAAGAAUUCACACAGGUGAGGGGCCAUUUCCAUGUUCUGACUGUGGAAAAUGUUUUGUACAGAAAUCAGUUCUUGUUGCACAUCAGAGAAGUCACACAGGUGAGAAACCAUUUCCAUGUCUUGAGUGUGGGAAAUGUUUUGCACACAAAUCAGAUCUUGUUAGUCAUAACAGAAGUCACACAGCUGAGAAGCCAUUUCCAUGUCAUAAGUGUGGGAAAUGUUUUACACACAAAUCAGAUCUGGUUAGUCAUAACAAAAGUCACACAGGUGAGAAGGCAUUUUCUUGCUCUGAGUGUGGGAAAUGUUUUGCCCGGAAAUCAGACCUUGUUAGACAUCAGCGAAGUCACACAGGUGAGAAGCCAUUUUCUUGCUCUGAGUGUGGGAAAUGUUUUGCCCAGAAAUCAGAACUUGUUAGACAUCAGCGAAGUCACACAGGUGAGAAGCCAUUUCCAUGUCCUGAGUGUGGGAAAUGUUUUGCACACAAAUCAGAUCUUGUUAGACAUCAGCAAAGUCACACAGGUGAGAAGCCAUUUUUUUGCUCUGAGUGUGGGAAAUGUUUUACACAGAAAUCAUAUCUUGUUAUACAUCACAGAAGUCACACAGGUGAGAAGCCAUUUCCAUGUUCUGAGUGUGGGAAAUGUUUUACACAGAAAUCAUAUCUUGUUAUACAUCACAGAAGUCACACAGGUGAGAAGCCAUUUCCAUGUUCUGAGUGUGGGAAAUGUUUUGCAGACAACUCAGCUCUCGUUAUACAUCACAGAAAUCACACAGGUGAGAAGCCAUUUCAAUGUUCUGAGUGUGAGAAAUGUUUUACACAGAAAUCACAACUUGUUACACACCAGAGAAGACACACAGGUGAAAGGCCAUUUCCAUGUUCUGAGUGUGGGAAAUGUUUUCCAUACAAAUCAGAUCUUGUUAGACAUCAGAGACAUCACACAGGUGAGAAGCCAUUUCCAUGUUCUGAGUGUGGGAAAUGUUUUGCACAAAAAUCAGAUCUUAUUAAACAUCAGAGACAUCACACAGGUGAGAAGCCAUUUCCAUGUUCUGUGUGUGGGAAAUGUUUUGCACACAAAUCAGAUCUUGUUAUACAUCAGCGAAGUCACACAGGUGAGAAGCCGUUUCCAUGUUCUGAGUGUGGGAAAUGUUUUGCAAACAAAUUACAUCUUGUUAGCCAUAACAGAAAUCACACAGGUGAGAGGCCAUUUUCUUGCUCUAAGUGUGGGAAAUGUUUUAUCCAGAAAUCAUAUCUUGUUAUACAUCAAAGAAGUCACACAGCUGAGAAUCUAUUUCCAUGUUCUGAGUGUGGGAAAUGUUUUGCACACAAAUCAAGUCUUGUUACACAUCAGAGAAAUCACACAGAUGAGAAGCCAUUUCCAUGUUCUGAGUGUGGUAAAUGUUUUAUCCUUAAAUCACAUCUUGUUAUACAUCAAAGAAGUCACACAGGUGAGAAGCCGUUUCCAUGUUCCGAGUGUGGGAAAUGUUUUGUACACAAAUCAGAUCUUGUUAUACAUCAAAGAAGUCACACAGGUGAGAGGCCAUUUUCUUGCUCUGAGUGCGAGAAAUGUUUUAUCCAGAAAUCACAUCUUGUUAUACAUCAAAGAAGUCACACAGGUGAGAAUCUAUUUCCAUGUUCUAAGUGUGGGAAAUGUUUUGCACACAAAUCAAGUCUUGUUACACAUCAGAGAAGUCACACAGGUGAGAAGCCAUUUCUAUGUUCUGAGUGUGGAAAAUGUUUUAUCCUUAAAUCACGUCUUGUUAUACAUCACAGAAGUCACACAGGUGAGAAGCCAUUUCCAUGUUCUGAGUGUGGGAAAUGUUUUGCACAGAAAUCAGAUCUUGUUAAACAUCAGAGAAGUCACACAGGUGAGAGGCCAUUUCCAUGUUAUGAGUGUGGGAAAUGUUUUACAUACAAAUCGCAUCUUGUUAGACAUCAGAGAAGCCACACAGGUGAGAGGCUAAUUCCAUGUUCUGAGUGUGGGAAAUGUUUUGCACACAAAUCAGAUCUUGUUAAACAUCAGCGAAGUCAUACAGGUGAGAAACCAUUUCCAUGUUCUGUGUGUGGAAAAGAUUUUACAAACAAAUCGCAUCUUGUUAGACAUCAGAGAAGUCACACAGGUGAGAGGCCAUUUCCAUGUUCUGAGUGUGGGAAAUGUUUUGCACAGAAAUCAGAUCUUGUUAUACAUCAGAGAAGUCACACAGAUGAGAGGCCAUUUCCAUACUCUGAGAAAUAAAUCAUCUCAUAUUGCACACAAUAGACCACUCAGGUGAGGAACUAUUUUAAUCUUCUAGAGUAUACUUAUCAUUGCCAUGCGUUCUUCAAGGUUCUCAUCCUAUCCUAUGCUUUUUGCAAUAUACAUGCUACCGCAGGGUGAAAUAAUCAGGUGUCAUGUCCUCAUCUACCACUGCUAUGCAGAUGACUUGUCUUUUGCUCUGGGUACUGAGAGCCCAGUACCAAUCCUAAAUGGUUGUCUAGCUGAGCUCCAGG